GUUGCUUCCAUCAAAUAUCAUCUGAAACAAAAUGCAAGCGGGUUGAGGUCACAAAUGGUGACACAUUUUUAGCACGAAGACUUCAAAACGAUUUUACUCGCUAUAAUAGUACUUGUUUACCCUUCUACCCCGAUAUGUCUCCCCAAAACGAUUCGUAUCUAAACAAAACGCCGUCGUCAAUGCCCUUCUCUCCGAUUUUGAUCCGCCGUUGUGGCAGGAAAUCCCACAACCAGGGGGCAGUACCUUUCUCGAACCCUAAACCCUAAAACCCCAACUCCUCCCAGCCGAAAUCCCCUUCUCCUCUCUCUCUCUCUCUCUCUCAAGUUGGCCAGCGAUGGAGAUGGUGACAAUGGAAGAGGUGUGCCAGCGACGGUGAUGCAGUAGAAGAAGAGAGAAUUGCGAGAGUCGUUGUUGCUUGAAUUGAAUCUGAUGUAGCAGCUCAGUACCAACAAACAGGCAAGUUUAUCUCAAACGCUCUCUCUGUCUCUGUCUCUGUGCUGUCUGCUUUCUGCUCUGCACAAAUUAGGCAACCAUAACCAUGAAACCCCACAAACUCCUCAACCCUCAGACCCUAAAACCCUCCAAGCUCAGACCCAUUUUCCUCACAAACCACGCUCCCUCCUCCGCACCUUUCUCUUCACUCACUCAUCCAGAAAACCCCACAGACCCUCCACCAAUAACCCGCCACUCUCUACUCAAAACCAUCCAAUCUUCUCAGUGGCAUUUCAUCAAACACCUUUCGCCCAACCUUUCCCCCUCUCUAAUCUCCGAGGCCCUCUUUGAACUCCAAAAAAGCCCUCAACUUGUCCUUGAAUUCAUCUCCAAUGUCGACUUUCACCGCCUGGAUAUCCAAACCCGGUGCCUCGCCAUCGCCAUUGUGGCCCGCCAGUCUUCCCCACAACCCGCUUUAGAACUCUUGAAGCAAGUCGUUGGUAGUGGCAUUGCUACAAUCAGAGAGGUUUUCAAUCCACUGGCACUCUCGCGGGAUCGUUUGAGUGUAAAUAGCAGCAUCAUUUUUGAUUUGUUGCUAAGGGCUUGUUGUGAAAUGAAGAAGGCCGACGAGGCUGUUGACUGCUUCUACUUGAUGGUAGAUAAAGGUUUUAUGCCUAAGACUGAGACGUGCAAUGACAUGCUGAGUUUGUUCUUGAAAUUGAACCAAACGGAGAGAGUGUGGGUUUUGUAUGCUGAGAUGUUUAGGUUGAAGAUAAAUUCGAGUGUUUGUACGUUUAACAUAAUGAUUAAUGUGUUGUGUAAAGAAGGGAAGCUGAAGAAGGCAAAUGAGUUUGUUGGGUUUAUGGAGAGUUCAGGCACUAAGCCUAAUGUUGUAACUUACAAUACGGUAAUUCAUGGGUUUUGUUCAAGAGGGAGAGUGGGAAGGGCUCAAAUGAUCUUUAAUGCUAUGAAAGGUAAAGGCGUUGAGCCGGAUUCCUACACUUAUGGUUCGCUUAUUAGCGGGAUGUGCAAGGAUAGAAGACUUCAGGAAGCAGUGGGGCUUUUCAAUAAAAUGCUGGAAAUUGGGCUACUUCCAAGUGCUGUGACUUACAACACCUUGAUUGAUGGUUAUUGCAACGAAGGUGAUCUGGACAAGGCUUUCAGUUAUAGAGAUGAGAUGGUGAAGAAGGGUAUAAGACCGACUGUGUCAACUUACAAUUUGUUGAUUCAUGCAUUGUUUAUGGAAGGUAGGAUGGUUGAAGCUUAUGAGAUGGUUAAAGAAAUGGAAGAGAAGGGAGUGGUUUCUAAUGGAAUUACAUAUAACAUCCUAAUUAACGGCUAUUGCAGAAGUGGGAAUGCAAAGAAAGCCUUUAGCCUUCUUGAUGAAAUGUUGAGUAAAUCGAUAAAGCCUACUAAGGUAACUUAUACAUCACUUAUGUAUGUUUUGAGUAAAAACAAAAGAAUGAAGGAGGCAGAUGACUUGUUUAAGAAGAUAUUGACAAAGGGUGUUCUGCCGGACCUUGUGAUGUUCAAUGCCUUGAUUGAUGGCCACUGUGCUAACGGUAACAUGGAGCGUGCAUUUGCACUUUUGGGGGAGAUGGAUAAGAUGAAGGUUCAUCCGGAUGAAGUGACUUACAAUACUCUAAUGCAAGGGCGUUGCAGGCAAGGGAAAGUUGAGGAAGCCCGUCAACUUCUGGACCAGAUGAAGAGAAGGGGGAUUAAACCUGAUCACAUUAGUUACAAUACCCUAAUUAGCGGUUAUAGUAAAAGAGGUGAUUUGAAGGAUGCCUUUAAAGUUCGGGACGAGAUGUUGAGCAUAGGUUUCAAUCCUACCCUUCUAACUUACAAUGCCCUUAUACAAGGUCUAUCCAAAACCCAAGAAGGUGAUCUUGCUGAAGUACUCCUUAAAGAAAUGGUGAGCAGAGGGAUCAAACCUGAUGACAGCACAUAUUACUCUCUGAUUAAGGGGAUUGGGAAUGUUGAUGAAUUUGUCAGGAAGGGUGAUUCAUGAAUUCCCUCCAUGUUUUCUACUUUCAAAGAAAAAGGAGCGUCUUCUUACCAAAGUUCUAGUUUGAAAAUUUAUUUUGGUUACUACCUGAGGAUGAUCAUUUUUGCAUACUCAGCUCAGAUAUCUAUCUUAUUCAAAAGUGCUCUUGUAGUUGAUUCAAAUUAAAUUGAGUGGGUUCACAAAGGAGGAGCUGUAAGAUUAUUUAACCUUGUGCAUUUCAGUUCUUUAUUUAUUUCUUGGCACUGAGCUAUGUACAUACAUUAGGCUUGAAUUUUGUUUGAUUGUGAACGAGGUAUCACGCGUUCUCCAUAAAUAGAGUACUGUCAUAAAGCUAGUUUAUAGCAAGAAAGUUUAUCAUAUUUCUGCAGUAAAUGUAUUUUGGAAUUUCAUGCUUGGACUAGUAAAAUGCUUCAUGUAUUUAGGCCAUGUUUGAUAGGGAGGUUAGCUUGCACUAGUAAAAUGCUUAGAUUUCAUGUGCAAUCAAGGAAGAAUGUGGGUGUUGUCUCAACUCUCUUUCAAGCUCCACAAGUGGGAGCAUGCAACUAUUUUCCUGCACUUCACGCCCGCAAGCGAAACUCAGAGCCUGAGCCACUUCUCAAACCAACCAUUAUCAAAGAAGUUUCAGAGGACGAUGAAGACGACGACAACGUUAUCUUGGAUGACUUCAAAGAAGAUGGUGUUUUUGUGAAUUUACCUAUUUUUCCUUUUCUUUCCUUUUUCUGAUAAGAUAUUAGAAUUUGCUUAUGUUCUGGGUUCUUGAAUUUGUAUUUGUACAUUUCUUUGCCAUGAAGUUUCUUAUAUCAUUAUACAUCUUUGUCAUGUAUUUCGAGUUUCUUAUAUUGUUUUAUACCAGAAAAGCUAAUCGUUAAUGGGUAGUUCUAGCAUCUGAGUAAUGAGAAUGGUUUUCAUUUUCUUAUCCUAUUUUAUUACUGCAAAGUUUGGUCAGAAAUGUUUCAUGUUCGAUUGAAUUGUUAAUCAUACAGAGGUAUCAAUGAAUGAUGAGGGUGAUGAUUACUACGAAGAAGACUCUGUUGAACUCUAUGCUGGAGAUGGAGGCGGAGGAGGUGGAAUUUCUCUUGCUGGGGUAUGGUGGGAUAACAAAGCAUUAGAAAUAGCUGAAGAAGUUAUUCUGUCCUUUGAUGGUGACCCAAAAAUAUACGCGUUUAAAACAUUGCCAAAUUUCACCAUCCAAGUGCGCAUUGAGAAGCUUUUGAAUAGAUCUGGUCCCCAAAUAUGGAAGACAUUGAAGCUUUUUCAAGAACCUAUAGAGCACGACUUGAUGAAGCAGAAAUCAGUUCCUGAGAAUUUGUCUCUGGAGGUCUUCUUCUACUUUCUCUGCAGUCCAUUUUUGGCAUAGCUCUUUAUUUGUAGUACAUUUGUAAGUAAAUUCUAGAAAUUUUUGUUCUGUAUAUUGGUUGCAUAUUAGGGCUUAAGCGUUUUUCAGCAAGUCUAGUUUUUUGAGCUUUUAAAGGUGGUUUGGAUUAUUAUUAUUAUUUUUGUUUCAUGGCCCUAGUUUUUACAUUAUGUUAAAAUACUAGGGUUGGUGUUUUUAAUGUGUGAAUGCUUGUGGAAAUGUUCCUUUA